AUGAAAUCGGUUCUUGUGGCCCUCGCCACGGCUACUGCUGUCUCUGCCCACGGCUGGGUUGACAAUAUCACCAUUAGCGGGCAGUUCUACCAGGUACCUCUUCACUCCCUUGACCAUGAAAACUUGCCUUAUCAAGACCCAUACAUGGGAGAGUGGGCACCCAAGCGCAUCAGCCGCAAGAUCAUCACCAACGGACCCGUGGAGGAUGUCACCUCGAUUGACCUGCAAUGCGGAGGCUCCACCAUCGAAGGCCAAAUCGGAUCGGAACCUGCUCCUCUCCAUGCCAAAGCAGUGGCCGGCUCUGAGGUCUCGCUGCGUUGGACUCACUGGCCUGAUUCUCACAUGGGUCCGGUCUUAACUUACAUGGCCCGAUGCCCAGAUUCGGGAUGUGACAAGUUUCUUCCAGGUGACGAGCCGAUCUGGUUCAAGAUUCACCAUGAGGGCAGACAUACCUUUGACAAGACCUGGCCGGAUGAUAUUUGGGCCACGGUAAGUAUAGCCCAGCACCACAUAACUUCCAUUUUGUCAUUUCUAACACUUGAACAGACCCCUUUCAUGAAGUUUGACAACGAACCUUAUCGAUACACAAUUCCAGAGUGUCUGAAGCCGGGAUUUUAUCUCGUUCGCCACGAGAUUAUCGCCCUUCACUCCGCGUGGGCGGCGAAGGGAGCACAGUUCUACCCGUCUUGCCACCAAUUGGAGGUGUCCGGUUCGGGAUCGGUAGUCCCUUCCGCAUCAAAUGCCGAGCUAGUAGGAUUCCCUGGUGCCUAUGAUGCGGAGGACCCUUCCAUUCUGUUCCAAGUCUGGGCUCCUGGACCAUACAACAUUCCCGGCCCCGCCGUCUUCGAGUGUCCUGCGCAGUAA